UGCGUUUUCAUUCUAGCGAAAAUCGAGUGAAAAUAAAAACAUUGCCUCCUUCGGAGGUACAGCUAUUUUGCGUCGAUUUUUACCAUUUGUGGUCUCUCUUGGAAGUGUCCAGAAAUAUGACCUAAAAAGUGGGACGUGUGGAACAGUUUCAUGUUUCUCUGCAGGAAGUUUAAUGAAAUUGAUAAAAUGUUGGGACGACUCUCAGAAGUUCUGCAGACUGCAGCCGAUGUGCUUGCCCCGCCGCCGACUGCACUCCAGGAUUUCGAUUACCACUACAAACAAGUGAAAAACUUUUACAUCGCCGACAAAACAUUGCCAAAAAUUCAUAUCAAUGACACAAACAUUCCGGUUCACCUGGAGCAGAUGCUUCAGAUAUUGAUUCUAGAGGAACAGAGACUUGACGUUAAGACUUGUGGAUCCACGGAGCAAUCGAAGAGCACGAAUGAAGAGCGAGUAUCGGGCAAUGAAGGAGAAUCGUUAGUCGUGGACCCUCGGGCCGAGUGCUUGGAAUUCAUAUUAAGCAACCGUCCGAUUGAUGUGCUGGUGGAACUCGCCAUAAACGACAGCCCUCCGGGAGCUCGUUUGAUUAUCCUUAACUGGAUUCGGCGACUGCUUUCCUGCAUGAAGAGUCCCCCAUUGGGUCACGCAAGCCUCUUCCAGCCAGUGCAAAAGUUAGUGGAUCUUUGCAACGGAACCAUAGCAUCGCCCUAUGAGAAAGAGGAAAUUCUUUUCCUCGAAACGGUUGCCGGACUGGUUCGGAAGGAUUCGAUUUUGAUUAAUCUUUUUCUCAAAUCCCAUCAUCAUUCCGCUCAAAUGCUUCACAGCUGGAAGGGAAUCUCGGCAACCAAAACACCCGUUAACAAUCCGCUUUUCCAGAGUACAAGGAUCGAGUAUGAUUCGAGGCGAAUUUCCUUGAUUAUAGAUGAACAAACCAGUGAUGUUGGAAGUAGUGUCCACACAUCUGAGAGCGUUAGUGAUUCCCAAUGUGACUGCGAAGAGGAAGAACAUUUCGUGUUGUUCGAUGCCAUCGUGAGUUACUUGGAUAGUGCAGACAGCACAAUUAUCGUUCGAGCCUGUGAAGGUAUUCUUAUUUUGGCGUCCAUUCCAACGUUGAACAGAACGUGUAACGCGAUCCAGAAUAGUCUCAGUCGAUUUUGUGCGCUCAUAGCAGACCGAGUUGCCAUUCAUUGCCAACAAAUCCCAGAAGAUAUGGACACCGGAGACAUUGAGGAUGCUAACGUCUCGUGGGGAUUGAUUCCACGGGACAGCGAACAACCGCAUUUCAUUGGACGUUACCAGUUAACGUCUUUUUUAUGUUGGUUAGAUUAUUGUGAUUGUCUGAUGAAGGAGAGUGCUGUUCUGGCCCUAGAGCUGGGAGAACUGGUCAGGAGCCAACUGAUGGUCAACUAUAUUGAACCUAGUCUGUUGGGUAGCUAUGCGCCAUUUAUGUUAGUACUAACGGCCAAGAUUAUCAAGAACACUCAAUCUAAAGCCUUACUAGACGAAAUCGCCCAUUGGCUUAUCGGCGAAGAAGACAUAAAAGACAUCAACGGAACUGAUUGUUUGCUAACAAUACUAAUCGAAAAUGCCCAUGAAAACUCGGAUAUUCUUCUGCAAACACUGCAGUUUGUUGAAUCCCUCCUAGACAACCCCCACGAGAAGAUACUUCAUGGAAUGAUUUUCUUCUACAUAAACAACCGGGGAUAUUUUGACCAAAACUCUCACACCAUUGAAUCCUGGUCCGACGAAGAGGACAAUCGAGAAAGACGAAGAGGAAGUGCGGAUGAUCCAAUAAAAUCGCGAACGCUGGCACCCCACAACAUCCUCAAAGUUAUCAAUCACUUUCUACUUCUGUUACCACGACACAUAAUGAACGACUCGGCUGGAAUCUGCUACGAGGAGUAUAUGCAGGACGCUAGUAGACACUAUCAAACGUGGAUCAACAAAACACAUGGUUUCAAUUGGCCCGUCGAAGCUAUCUGGCCCGAAAGUCCUUUGAUUUCACCGACUGAAGAGAUGAAUUCAUUGCCGAGAAGCAUUCCUGUGCCCAGUGUGAAGCCGAAGUUCAAACCAAGAACUGAUCCGGGCGAUGUCCAGUGCGGAGACAGUGGAAUAUCGGAAGAAAGUUUCUACGAAGGGCCACUGCUCAGACUGCUGUUUUCGCACGUCAAACAAAUGAGCACACAGCCGUACGAGCUGAAUCUGGCCGUUAUAGCUAUUCUGUCCAAGCUGGCUUUGUUUCCACAUCCCUACUUACACGAAAUCCUUUUGAGUCCCGAAAUCCCGGUGGCACCUGGAGCCACCACUCUGUGGUCUGUGAUGCAGUUUCUCACACGUCAGCUGCUGACGGAAAUUCCGCGGGUAGAGAAUUUCCACGAGAAAAUCAGCGAAACUGGUAAACGGCUUCUAUCGAAUCCGCCUAUGUACCAUAAAAAUUGCGAGCAUCACGCUCCGUGUGGACAUGCUGAGGAAGAAGAGGAAAUCAACGAUCCGUUGUUCGAAUCGAUUGUCGUGUUGGAGGAAUUCUGCAAAGAAUUGGCGGCAAUUGCGUUCGUGAAGUAUCACCAUGCAACAGAGUAAAUGUAUUAUGAAAGUAGCUUAGUGUAAUUUUAUCGCAUACAUAGUUUUAUUUGCAUCUUCGAUCGUGUUGAGCGCUGCAUUGUGUAAUUAGUUCAACAGCAAUUGUUUGGUCGUUAAUAUAUUUAUUAAGCAAAUGCAUUCGUACUUUAGCACAUGGGUCAUAAAUUGUAUAAAGGUGAUAUCAAUAUAUGCCGAAUCUAGUCGCAUUCACAACUUUUCAUGUUGAUGAACAUUCCAAUCCCUUCUUUGCUGAAGCGAAUUGAUUGUUGGAAAUUAGAUUAUUAUGUGUUCCCCGAAGGAAUAGGAGGACAAGGUAGGUGACAAAAAAAUUCUACUCAAGCUUUCUCUUUCGUUUAACGCUUGCUAGAGGCAGAUUCGAACGUGAAUUUCUAGUGUACUCUAUGUUUGGUGCAAUGACCUACCCUGAGAAUGUAUUAAUUACCUUAAAUCACUACAACGAAACAAGUUCUGGGUCCUAUAGAGGGAUAAUUCUCUUGAAAACCGCGGCCUCCUCUAUGCAAUGGUCAAAUUAUCUACAUCUCAGCUGUUUUGGUGCUCGAGAUGUUAGUAUCCAAAACAUGGAUACCUCUUAAGGGGUGACAUCUCACUGUCCAUCCUACUCCCACUAAAAGCUGUCAGUCUUAUCUCACUAACU